UCAAGACCACCUUCGUCAAGCCCUUCCAGCAUUAUUCACCGGACUUCCUCAUUGGAUACGCUUGCUGCUCCAUACCUUGCUGGACAGUGGCCUCGUGAUAAUCAUGGACAAGCUGCUCCAUGUAUGAGAGACAAAGCCACACAGACAGAAAGUGCCUGGGCUGAAGAAUAUUUAGAAAAGAAGAGAAGCUCACACAAACGUUCAGCAUCGUGGGGCAGCAAUGAUCAACUUAAGGAGAUUGCAAAAUUACGUCAACAGUUGCAGAGAAGCAAACACAGCAGUAGGCAUCAUCGUGAUAAAGAGAGACACUCUCCAUUUCAUGGUAACCAUGCAGCCAUUAACCACAGUCAGGCUCCCAUCCCAAAGAGUGCUCUUGUUCCUGUGAUACCUAUUACCAAAUCAACAGGAUCACGAUUCCGAAACAGUGUAGAAGGACUGAAUCAGGAGAUUGAGAUAAUAAUUAAGGAGACAGGAGACAAAGAGGAACAGCUUGUUCCUCAAGAUAUCCCAGAUGGGCACCGUGCACCACCUCCGUUGGUUCAGCGUAGCAGUAGUACUCGCAGCAUUGAUACCCAAACUCCUGGUGGAGCAGACAGGAGUAGUAACAACAGCAGCCGCUCCCAGUCAGUAUCUCCAACCUCAUUUCUUACCAUCUCUAAUGAAGGCAGAGAGGAAAGUCCAUGUUCUACCGAUGAUCUUCUUGCUGAUUCCAGAGAUAAAGAGAAUGGAAAUAAUUCUCCCUUGCCAAAAUACGCUACCUCACCAAAACCCAACAACAGCUACAUGUUCAAACGUGAACCUCCAGAGGGCUGUGAAAAGGUGAAAGUCUUUGAGGAAAGCUUGCCAAAGCCAUUGCAUGAAAUUCCAGCCUUCUACUGCCCUGACAAGAACAAAGUGAAUUUCAUUCCUAAAAGCGGUUCUGCUUUCUGUCUUGUCAGCAUCCUCAAGCCACUUCUUCCCACACAGGAUCUCACACUUAAGGGCACUACACACAGCCUGACUGUCUCCUCUGGCAUGACACCCAGUUUAUUGCAGCCCAUUUCUAUGACUUCCAUGUCUACAAACACAGAUCAAGACAGGAUCUCACGAGGAACAAGUACAGUACUACCGCAGACCUCUAUACUCCAGCAAUCACCAUGUAUUGAGGAAGCUGAGGAAUAGAUUUAGAUUGUCUUGACAUUUUUCUGGGCAACUGCUGGGAAAAAAUUUGAACCAGUUGACUGGACCUUUCUGAUCACACUAUUUGUAUUGUUUUAACAAUUUAUGGCACUGUCAUAAUUGAACUGUUAGUAUACUUGACAGUUUGGUAGCACAUUGAGAAGUUCAGGAGGAUGCAGCAGCUGAUAAUCUGUUGCACUUUCUGCUUAUGAAGACUCUGGUUCUGUUUCUCUCCUGC